AUGAGCCACCGACAGUCCCCCAGCGCCUCCACCGACUAUGAGCCGACACUUUCGCCAUGGGAGGUCGAUGUGUUUGACGGGCAGCACGACGGCGACGGCGACAAGGACAACGGUAGCGGCGUCGUCAUGGCUACAUGGUCAGACCGGCAGCUGUCGAUGACACUCACACAAUCGCCCGGCCACUCACGAGACCUGUUCGACCGUGCUUCCGACACUGUCUUUGGCAGUGCUCUCGACAGUGCUCUCGAAGGUGGCAUCGUGGAGGGCAUUCUCAAGGACAGCCCAGCUCGCAGUGAUGACCGGGCUCUCGACGACAGUUUCGCUUACAGUGACGACAAGACCAUUGGCAAGACCAUCGACAAGACCAGCGACAGGACCAGCGACAGGACCAGCGACAGGACCAGCGACAAGACGGCCAAGGCCCUACCACCCGAGACGCACUCACUCUGCCGCCCUUGGGACCGCCACCUCAUCGCCCAGUUCGCCGUCGAGGCCCGCGACCACCACGCCCGCAACGCCCCGCUGCCCCUGCACCUCGUGCCCGUCAUCCGCUUCAACAUCUGGCACGCCCUCGCCUCCAACGCCGCCGUACUCGGAAUGGACAGCGACUGGCUCUACUACGACGCCAUCUCACCCUUCAACAAGGCCGGCCCGCGCCUCGGCCCCGCCGCCCUGCCCGCCGCCUGCCCCGCGAGCCUGUGCCUCGUGCCCCUGCAGCCGCGUGUCGAGCACCACCCCUGGAUCGACCUGCUGCCCUUCCCCGCGCUGCGCGCCAACUUUCUGCGUCACAUCAUGCUGUUUGGCGAGGACAGCAUCGACGAGGACGACUUGUGCCGCGACAUUGUGCAGGGGGCCGUCGGCGCCGACGUCGCCGUCACGGACGCUGCGACCCUCCUUGUCUGGGGCGAGUCGUGGGAUCCCAUGGGCUGGGAGGCGACGGUGCCCUUUCUACGCAAGUGGGCCUGGUUGUUUGCCGGCAGCACCGACAUUCUCGCGUCGACCAACUAUUGGCGCCGGCAGCGGGGGGAGACGCAGCUCAGGUUUUGA